AUGUUCACAGGUAAAUUCAUUGUUGAAAACAAUGAUCAAUACAUUACAGUUUUUCAUGCUUGUGUCAUUGCGGAUGGUGAUCCUAAACAAGAGUUUGAAGCCAAUGAAAUUCCGCUCAGCAUUCCUCACAGCAUGUUUAUCGUCCAGAUCACCCGGGAGCCAAAAGAAUGUGGAGACUCCACAUAUUUUGAAGCUGUGUGUUAUCAAUAUAACGCAUAUAAUAAUUCCAGAAAUGUUCAAAUGAAAUUUAGAAUGUUUUUCCCCACCAAUGCACCACGAUUCUCUUACUUACGUGCCAACAAUAGCAUUAACAAACCAUUUAUGGUAUCUGAUUUUAUUAUGUGUGUAACCUCUAAUUUUACUAUAGUUGAAGUGACAGAUAUUGACUUCAUAAACGCCAACACUACUACUAACUCGAUUAAGAAUGUGCAAGAAAGUACUUCAUCGGUUGCUUCAAGUCAUCGUUCAGAUAUUGACCUUAUAGCUGAAGAUAUAGAUGCUGAAUCUAGUACUUCACGAUCACCAAAAAGACCCCGAGUAUUUACAUCAAGAUCUUUUAAAAAUGCUACUAGUGCAUCUCCUAUUGUUGAUGAAUCUGUCUCACCCUUUCCAACUUUCAUGGAAACAUCAAAGCCAGCAACUCCUAUGAAUACUACCAAUACAGUUCAAAAUCAGAAAGGUAAAGUAACUCAAAUAUCUGUAGUUGAUUUAGAUGAAGAUGAUCCUUAUUAUGAUUUAUCAAAUGAUAUUUUUUCAGGUUACCAGACUCGAAUAAAUAUCAAUGCAAACCAUCCACGAGCACCUAUAUUAACACAUACGUUUUUAUCAGAAAAUCAACAUCAAUCAACAUCCAACCUAACUUCUUUUCCUCCAUGGCAACCUUCACCUUCUUUAAUUUCUCUUAAUCACCGUUUUCAAACUGAAAUUUUAUAUAUGUUUCCUUGUGUUCCUUGUUCUCAUUGCUCAAUUCUUAUGUUUUCUGCACAAGCAAAAUGGGUUCUUCAUGAUAUUAAUGUGGAAUAUAAACUUUGUCAAGCUUUUCCACAUUUAUCACUUACUGAACAUCCUAAUAAAGAAGGUUAUAUUGCUAUAUGUACUUUAUGUAUAUCUAUUACUAAACGGCACGAUGCUCCAAUACUUACUCCAAUUCCAGAUGCCUUAGCAAAUGUUCCAAUGUUUUAUCGCCGUUGGCUCUCACCUAUUCAUCUAAGUUGCUCUCUUGGACGUGCAGAAAAUACAAAUUGUUUUACAUACUAUCGCCAUCUUACUGGUGCAUUUGGUCUCUCAAAAAAUAUUCGAGCCUUACAAAUCUAUACAGGAACAUUAGGUGCUAUUUUAGAUUCUACAUCUAACAAUAAUUGGUUUCACCCAUCCUUACUAAAUGCAGCUAGCUGGUUAAAAAUCAAUAAUCGUUUCUUUAGACAAUUUGAUCAAAUGUUUUCUUCAAUUGUUUUUGCACAUUCUCCAAAUCAUCAUCCAGAUAUAGUAGUACCACCAUAUGAGGUAUUAAAUGAAAUCCGGAAUGGAGUUAUAUCAACUAACACAUUGCAAGUAAUUGAUGAUAAAAUAAAAACUCCUUCAUCUCGCUCCCCUAUUGAUACAACACACUUAGUUGGAUUUCGUGCAAUGGCUAAUAACAUUAAUAAACUAGCAUGUCUAACCUUACCACAAGACCCAGAAAAUCCAGAACCCAUCAUCUCAAUUGCUAUUGACCAUAUUAAUAAUCAAGAGUGUGAUGCUAUAGAUAAUGACCGUAAUUUCUCUUAUAUAAAAACUGAUCCAGCAGUGAUUACUGAAUAUAAUUGA